UUCAGUGUUCUAUACUUCAAUUGCGUUGGUAGAGGUGAGAUUUAAGAAAGAAAGAAACAGGACGAGUUGAGGGUUAGGCUCGACUCGCUCGCCUUCUUUGGUUCUUGGCGCUGGCGGCGGUCCUUUUUUCGAAGGCGAUGCCGCGCUGUGUCUUCUUCCUCUCCUUAAAAGCAACCUAGCAUUAGCAGAAGUUGGAGAUACUUUUUUGAAUUGGACUUUUUCAUAAUGGGGAUUGAUCAAGAUAUAAAAGAUAGUUCCCUUGUUCUUUUGAAGCAGGGUGCAGAAGCUAGAGUAUUUGAGUCAAACUUUGUUGGAAGGAAGUCCAUUGUCAAGGAACGUUUCUCAAAGAAGUACAGGCAUCCAUUGUUAGACUCAAAACUGACCCUUAAACGCUUGAAUGCAGAAGCUCGGUGCAUGACGAAAGCAAGACGACUUGGUGUUUCCACACCAGUGUUGUAUGCUGUGGACCCUGUAUUACAUACCCUGACAUUUGAAUAUGUGGAGGGUCCUGCUGUUAAAGACAUAUUCCUGGAUUUUGGUUUGCACAGUGUCAUUGAGGAAAGAAUGGAAGACAUUGCAACACAGAUUGGUGAUGCAAUUGGAAAAUUACAUGAUGGUGGCUUGAUUCAUGGUGACUUGACAACUUCAAAUAUGUUAAUUCGAAGUGGUACCAAUCAGCUGGUCCUCAUAGACUUUGGUCUGAGCUUCACGUCAACUCUUCCAGAAGACAAAGCCGUUGACUUGUAUGUACUUGAGAGAGCCUUGUUCUCAAUGCAUUCCUUAUGUGGAAAUGUGAUGGAUCGGAUACUUGCCGCUUACAGAAAGUCAUCCAAGCAAUGGUCAUCCACAUUGAACAAGUUAGCUCAGGUGAGACAGAGAGGUCGAAAGCGCACCAUGGUUGGAUGAAUCUUCUUUGAUUGAAGAACAUACUAUAGCAACAUCUUAGGGAAGAGAAGAGAUGCCAUUGUAGACUAAUUAAGAUCAAAUAUAAUUAGCUAUAUUCAAAACACUAAUUGUUAUUGUAUUUUGUGCAAUAAUCUCUAUAUCUUUCUCUGUUUGUUCUUUUUUGUUUA